AUGAAAGCACUGCUCUGCCGUGGUGGCUACGAGAGGCACGUGCUGGCCAUGGCGAGGAAGGGUGGCUGGGCCAUGCUCCUCAACACUGAGACCCACCACAUGGGAGUAGGUUUGCUGGCCAGAGAGAUGAGGAAGAGCCCAAGACAGCUGCGUCUUUUCCUCUUCCAGUGGCUGACAGCGCUGCUCAAAGGCAGAGAGCCCUGCGGGGAGAUGCCUGCCAUGGCUUUCCUGGUGGAGGCCAGAAGAAUGCAGUGCCUGUGGCCCCUGCUGGUGGGGCACCUGCAGGACGCGGACAGAGACAUCAGCGCCAAGGCCCUGCUGGUGCUCAGCAAUGUGGUCCACGUCAUGGAGAAGCAGGUGGUGGCCCACCUUGCUCCGCUGCUGGCCGACAAGCUGCUGCCUCUCUUUGAUGAGGAGCCUGGCUGCGUGCGAGAGCUCUGCAUCCGCCUCUUGCAAGAUGUGAUGGAGACUGCAGUGGGCUCCAAAAGCCAGGAGCUGAAGCAGCAAGUGCACAGGAGCCUGCUGCCUCUGCUCCUCCAAGUGCACGAUGAGCUCCCCAGUGUGGCCCAGGAAGCCCUGCUUGCCGCUGCCAAGUUCCUGAAGUGGGAGCAGCUCAGGCACCUGGCUGAGCCAGUGCAGACAUGGAAGAUCACCGAGGGCCUG